AUGACCGGGAUUGAGGUGCUUGUGGCGGGCGCGGCGUGCUUGCUCGGUGGGCUGGUGGUGGUCCGGAGAUGGUGCGGCUGGAGACUGGAGAAGAGGUUGACUGCAAAAGCCCAAAGGAGAAAGGAGGACAGCUUUGUGCAGGCUGAACGCGCGGUGCAGCUGUACAAAGAGUCGCAUCCCAUGACAGACUCCAGUUACAUCCUGAACCUCUCUUUGUUUGAGCUUACACAACAGCUCCAGGAGGGGGCGCUGUCUCCAGAAGAGGUCUUUUACACAUACAUGGAAAAAACACUUGAAGUACAGAGCAAAGUGAACUGCUGCACUGAAAUCAUCUUGAACAGUUUUGAGCAGGUAAAGACAAUUGGGUCUGACAAAAAGGGCAUCUUAUAUGGAGUUCCUGUCAGCCUGAAAGAAAAUUUGUGUCUAAAGGACUGUGACUCUUGCUGCGGACUGGUCAGAUUCUUAGACCAACCUUCUGACGAUGACUGUGUGCUGGUUAAGGCUUUGAAGAAGCAAGGAGCGAUCCCUUUUGUGCGGACCAACUUUCCACAGGCUUUAUUGAACUAUGAAUGCAGUAACACCAUUUAUGGACAGACCCUGAACCCAUUUAAUCUCAAGAAAACCUCUGGAGGGUCUUCUGGCGGAGAGGCGGCCCUGAUUGGAGGGGGAGGCUCCUUGAUCGGCGUGGGCACUGACAUCGGAGGUAGCAUUCGUAUCCCUGCUUCGUUUUGUGGCAUCUCUGGGCUCAAGCCAACAUCAGGUCGAUUGAGCUCCCUGGGUCUUAAAAGCACUUACAGAGGGCAGAAGACAGUGCGGACGACUGCUGGUCCGAUGGCGAAGGAUGUGGACAGUUUGGCUUUGUUCAUGAAGGCUGUACUUAGCGAGGACAUGUUUUCCCUGGAUCCAUCUGUUCCACCGCUGCCAUUUAACGAAGAGGUGUACCGAAGCAAGAAACCCCUGAGAAUUGGAUAUUAUGAAGAAAUUGAGUCAAUGCCAAUAUCGCCGCCAAUGAUUCGAGCAGUGAAAGAAGUCAGGGCGUUAUUAGAGCGAGCAGGCCACACUCUGGUGCCGUACAAGCCGGUGAGAAUCCCUGAUCUCAUUGAAGGAAUGGCGAAAGGCGUCUUGGCAGAUGGCGGAGCAUCUUUUCUGAAACAAUUGAAUGGAACAACGAUCGAUCCAGUUCUUAAAGCUCAGGUGUUUCUUUACCGGAUACCAAUUUGGUUGAAGAAAUUACUUGUCAUCAUUCUUAAACGUUUGCUCCCUGUUGAAGCGCAGUCACUGCAAUAUCUGACCGGAGUAGGGUCUGUUGCUGGUCUUUGGAAACUGCACGCUUCAAUAGAGGACUGUGUAAAAGACACGAUCGCAGAGUGGAGACGACUCAGAAUAGAUGUUGUCCUUUGCCCAAUGAUUGCACCAGCCUUCAACUACAACUAUUGUGGAAAGCUGAACUGUAUGCUUUCAUAUACAUCACCGUAUAAUGUUCUGAACUUUAGCGCUGGUGUUGUGCCCGCUACUACUGUGACUGCACAAGAUGAAGAAAACCUCAGACCCCUUGCGUCAGGGAAUCGAUUUCAACGGAUUUUAUAUCAGGCUGCUGUGGGAGGAGAGGGUCUUCCUGUUGGUGUGCAGUGUGUGGCUCUACCCUGGCAGGAAGAACUUUGCCUGCGCUUCAUGAAGGAGGUGGAGGAGCUCGUCAACAAACACAAAAUUAGUGUUCAAAAGAAGUGA